AUGCUGGAUGAUCAAGUACCUAUGGAGGUUCAGUGUGCAGAGGAGGGCCCAGUACCUGCGAUCUCCAGAGCAGAGCCGGGAGACCAGCCACAGCCCAUCUCCAAGGUGGGGCGCUGGUGCUCUGUACGACGUGGCUGUGCGGUGCUGGGAGCCCUGGGACUGCUGGCUGGUGCAGGUGUCGGCUCAUGGCUCCUGGUACUGUAUCUGUGGCCAGAUGCCUCUCAGCCCAUUUCUGGGACCUUGCAGGAUGAGGAGAUGAUGUUGAACUGCUCAGGGGCCAGCAAUGAGGAAGUUCUGCUCCCUUCAAUUCCCAAAGCAGUGUCUUUCAGAAUAAAUAGUGGGGACUUCUUGCUGGAAGUGAAGAUGAGAGCCCGUCCAGCCUGGCUCCUGGUCUGCCAUGAGGGCUGGAACCCUGCCCUGGGUAUGAGGAUCUGCCAGAGCCUUGGGCAUCUUAGACUCAUUCACCAUAAGGGAGUCAACCUGUCUGACACCAUGCUCAACAGCUUCCAGAAGUUUGCUCGGCUCUCUCCUAGUCUGGAGGGCCUCCUGAAGGAGGUGUGGCAGCUCAGGGACAACUGUUCUUCUGGUCAAGUUGUUUCCCUCAAAUGCUCUGAGUGCGGCACAAGGCCUCUGGCUUCCCGGAUAGUUGGUGGGCAUGCUGUAGCUCUUGGGCGCUGGCCAUGGCAGGCCAGUGUGACCCUUGGCUCCCGACACACAUGUGGGGGUUCUGUACUGGCGCCCCACUGGGUGGUGACUGCUGCGCACUGCAUACACAGUUUCAGGUUGUUCCGCCUGUCCAGCUGGCGGGUUCAUGCAGGACUGGUCAGCCAUAGCACCAUUAAGCCACACCAGGGGGCUAUGGUGGAGAAAAUCAUCUCCCACCCCCUCUACAGUGCUCAAAGUCAUGACUAUGAUGUUGCCCUUCUGCGUCUUCGGAUACCACUCAACUUCUCAGAGACUGUGGGCGCUGUGUGCUUGCCAGCUGAGGAACAGCAUUUUCCAAGUGGCUCGCAGUGCUGGGUGUCUGGCUGGGGCCACACCGACCCCAGCCAUACCUACAGCUCAGACACCCUGCAGGAUACAGUGGUGCCCCUGCUCAGCACCCAGCUCUGCAACAGCUCCUGCAUAUACAGCGGGGCCCUCACCCCUCGCAUGAUGUGUGCUGGCUACCUGGACGGGAGGGCUGACGCAUGCCAGGGGGACAGCGGAGGGCCCUUAGUUUGCCCAGAUGGGGGCAAGUGGCACCUUGUGGGUGUGGUCAGCUGGGGACGUGGUUGUGCAGAGCCCAAUCACCCAGGUGUUUACGCCAAGGUGGCUGAGUUCCUGGACUGGAUCCACGAAACUGUGCAACAUCUGCUAGACCAGCUCCUAGGAAGUGAAGAGAAGGGAAUGGCCUGGGUUGGCUCUGUUCCUGUGGGCCAGUUGCUGGAAUGUAGGGGUGGAAUUGGUAGCAAGGAAGGACGGGAAGAUUCAGGUCCAGAGAAGUAUUAA